UAUGCAGACGGUUGGAUGGCUGAUUUGAAGUUUCACUAUAAUCCGAAUGAGGUCGACACUGACGCCUUCGUGGCGAGACAACUGAAGAGGAAGAAGAAGAAGCAGGCAUCAAGCUCGGGUGUGCCAACAGAGCCGCCUAUUGCGACUGAUGCACCGCGAUCUGACGUCCUCUCCGGUCGCUCCUCACGGAAACGGACUCCCACACCUGAUGAUGGUUGCUUAUCCGAUGGUUCUGUUCACGUAGUUCUACCUGUUGGUGCUUCGGCUCAUACCGAGUACAACGCGCUGUCAGGUCAGCUCGAAAAGCUCUUACUUGAAGAGGACCGGGCUGUUUUGAACAACUAUGGGGAUGACGAAGCCUAUGACGUGUUCGCCUCUUCGGCCUUCGCGCACUAUCAGCAUGCUAUCUUUAUGAAGCAGGCUAGGCUUGAGCACAAACGGCAACUACAGGAUGUUCGUGCUGCUAAGGCUAGGAUAGAGAACGAGCUUGUGGAAGCUCAGAAGUUGGUCAAGCAAGGCCAGGCGGACCUGGAGUCCUUGGAAGCGUCUCUUCAGGCUCAAUUGGCUUCGAAAGAUGAGGAAAUCAGUCGUCUGAAGGCUGAACUGGCGGAGAUGGAGAAAAAUCGGGAGCUAGAGCUUUUCGAUGCUUGCCAUGAGGCUGUGCUCAAGUCCCGGGCUGAUAUGAGUCAGGAGGUCUUGGAUGGGUCUUACAAGACUUGGGACAAUGCUGAGAACAUUCGACAGUGGAAGGUGUAUCAAGACAAGCUUUCUGGGGUGGCCUCUUCAGGCGACGUCGACGGUGACGAGUGAUGUUGUCGUUUCCUUAACUCUGCUUUGGUUGGGCGUAUGUGCCUCUAAUAUCUUAUGUGUAAUUUAGGCAUCCGUGCCUUCAGACUUUGUUAAUUUUGCAUAGGGUGUAUGCAU